UUUCUCCUUCCCAGGAGAGAGGAACGCUGAGAGGGGUCAACACAGAGCUGAAGCUGCGAACGUUGAGAGGCCAAUAAUGGCGGUUUUCCGGCUUCUUCUUCCCGCCAUUUUCACAUCUCUCUUCGCUCUCUUCAUAGCCUCAGCGGAGUUCACCCAGCGGGCCUGUUCAAUUCGGUUCUCUGACGGUAGCAACUCGGACUGCGAAUUGCAGGAUUUGAAGCUGAGAGUAGCUCAAUUAGAAUCUAUUCUCGAAGAGAGCAUCCAAAACCUAAACACGAAAAGUCUAUAUCUUGAUGGGCGUGAGCAGCUAAUCGAGGAAACAUCACAAAAAAUCCAUUUCCUGCAGUCUACUUUGACCAAUAUCAAGGAUGACUCAACGAAUGCUGACAAAUGGCUCAGCAGUCUAGAGGAAGAGGUACGACUGCUAUGGGCAUCUUCGAGAAAGAACAACUUUGAUCUUCAUGUUUUGCAAUCUAAAGUACAGGAGAGCGAGGAUGCUUUAACAGUUCUAACUUCACAAGUUGAGAAGCUAUCAGAUAUUGUUUCAGAACAAUGGAUUCAAAUUCAGCAUCUAGAGCAGGCUCUUCAAAUAACAGAGAUGAGAACUUUGGAAGCCCAAAGGCGUGUGGGUUCUUCAAGGUGUACAUUCAUAAAGUUCAUCAAUAGCGUCUAUCACAAUCAACUAAAGAAAGUGUUUAGAAUGCUCGAUCAAUUAUUAUCAUGCGAAGAGGCAACCUCAAGCUCCGUUGCAUCUCAGGCUUUGCAUCACUUGAAGAAUGUUUUCUCUGCUCUGAACAAGUACCACCAUGAGCUGCAAGGUUUUAUUAAGAAACUGAUGGAAAGAAACGAAGUUACUGCUGCACUAGCCAGCGAGGAGUUGGUAUUUUUCAUGGCGUCUGCUGUGGUUGUUUUCCCGAUAAUGACUGCCUUGUUGUGGCUUUCUUCAGCACUCUGCUAGUUCGAAGAAGCUUCCUACAAAGUGAAAAAAGGGUCCCAUUCUUUCUUUCUCCGAGUUUCUUCUAUGGAAGAGGAAAUUUCCUGAUUCUUUUUUGACAGCAAAUUUUUGUACAUUCGACAAUAGACUACACUGCUAUCCAGCCCGAACAUGGCAACAAAAUCAUCUCUGGGUUCCAUUUUUUUCCGUUUCUUUUGGAACAACUGUUAGCAUGGACUCGGGCUCGCUGUGUCAUGUGGGAUCGGAGUCCGCCUUUGUGAAUGAUUCACAUGUAUCAGGUUGAGUCGGAAAUACGUUCUCAUUUCCUGGUUUUCAGGACUAAUGAGGUGCUUUCUUUGGAAGCUUCAGCUAUGGACUUUCUCGUCACUUUUGAGGGACCAUAUAAUCAUGUUGUUUAAAUCA